GAAUCAAAAUUAUUCCUGAAGCAGAAGUAUGGAUUUGCAGGAAAGUACUGUUCACUGAAUCCCGGCAUUACGUUGGACGGUUAUUUAUCGAUAGUAGAUUUUUAACCCAUCUUUAUUUUAAAUAAAUGUGUUUCUUUAUUACAUAUAUAUGCAAAGGUGUUCAAUCUUUUUAGAGAACAUGAUGGAUGUAGACUUAGGUUUUGCGGAACUACGUGAAAGUGCCUGGUUGACAAAUCGUUACUUUCCCAGCAAAAUAGGUGGAAAGCCAGCAUGGUUAGAACUAGAAAACCUGCCGAGCACUAAAGAGCUGUUAUGCGAAUCGUGUAAUGAACCAAAAUCCUUUUUGUGUCAGAUAUAUGCCCCAUUUGAAGAUGAACACAACUUUCAUCGGACUAUUUUCAUUUUUGUGUGUCGCUCAAGCGUUUGCCAGAAGACCAAUUCAGCAAACAAUUUCACUGCUUACCGGAGCCAACUUCCGAAGAAAAACUCGUUCUAUUCCGAGGAUCCACCUAAAGAAGAAGGAAAACCUCUGCAAGAAAUCCAAACAACUAAAAAAGUGUGUAUUGCAUGCGGCUGCUUGGGACCUUUAGCUUGCAGUCGGUGUCGAAAAUCAAAUUAUUGCUGUGUGAAACAUCAACGUGCGCACUGGCCUCAUCACAAAAAGCUAUGUAAUUUUGAAAAUAGCAUUGAAACUGAAGUUAAAGAAGUUUUACCUGAAGUGCGGUUUCCAGAAUAUGAAAUUGUAGUUGAGGCGAAUAAUUCUGAAGAAGAAUCUGAUGUGGACAAGGAUGAUGAAAGAGCAGAAACUGAACGCUGGAAUGAAUAUCAAAACUUGGUAGCAUCUGGAAACACUGGCACUUUAAAAGAUGUGCCAGAGGUCGAAUUAGACAAAUAUAUUAGUGAAUCUGAUGUCGCGGACGACAAGUAUUUUAGAAAAUUCAAAAAAGAAGUUAGUAAAGACCCUGAACAAAUUUUGAGGUACAAACGAGGAGGAAGCCCACUUUGGAUAUCUGAUGUUGAGAAGACAAUUGGUAAAAACAUAAUUAUCCCCAAAUGUGAACUUUGUACUAGUGAGCGACAAUUUGAAUUUCAAAUACUGCCGCAAAUGCUUAAUUUACUAAAGGAUGACAAUCUUGAUUGGGGAACAGUAGCUGUAUAUACAUGCAAACAAAGCUGCAAGAUACCAACCGGUAAAGGCUAUGUAAAUGAAUAUAUAUUAAAACAAGAUAUUGUUGCUGAUGAAAAUAAGAAAUAAAAUUUUUAUGGGUCGACAUUAUGCACUCUGAUUGUAUGAAUAUAUUUGCUAGACUGUGAUCACAAAGUCUACGGUCAAAACAAAAUUAGGCGGAAUCAUAUCCUUACACUUGAAUAUUUAGUAAGAUUACCUAAAUAAAUAAACCUUAAUUUUAUGUCAAUUUAA